GCUAGCCCAAAUCUUAAAUACAUCCUCAAAGACAUUUGGUUUAAAAGAUGGAUCUCUUGCUAUUUCUCUUAAACAGUCUCAUGAUCCCUAUAUUCAUAACUUUACAAAUUCUUCUCCAAAAGUUUCACCUGUGCAAUAAUAAAUCAUAUUCUUCUUUCUCCCACAGAAUAUUAAUGCACUAAUUGCAUCAAGUGACCCUGUUUCUAUAAGUUUCCACUUUGAUGUAUUUAUACACUUGCAUCCAAUUCAAAAUUGGCUAAACCUGGACAGCAUAAUAAUAAUUCUCCAAAUUAGGCAAUGCUAGACCCUAUAUGCUCCAGGGGCACCAUAUCGUGGCUGACCCUGCACUCUGACCCCAUACUUGCCUGGGAUAGGCUGUGUGAAAACAAAGAAAUAUCACUGUUUAUAUGUUUAUAAUGUGUGACAGUAAAAAAAAUGCUUCUUCUUCUAUAAAAACUGGAAGGUUUUGAAACAGAAAUAAGAAUCUUGGAAGUAUACUCAUUUUAAUUGUAGUUAUUUUUUCAACAAAGUUAAUGGUAGUUCAUCAGAAUUCUGACCCCCUUUUAGCAUGCCAUUCAAUCCAUCUGUUGAUGAAUGGCAUUGGCACACAGCAAACAUGUACAGUCAGACACACACCUUUACCUAGUGGCAGGCCUGACAACAAAUGUAUGCCUACAGGAAAUGAACAAACAUAAUUUAUCUGAAUAAAUUUCAAAUUUAUUUGAAAUUCCUUGGCCUUCAUCAUUUUUAUCCUUGACCAAUCUAAAACUAGACUUUAGGACUGUAUCUAUAAAUGAAAAAGAGACAUUAAAAGAGACACAUUGUUCCUAACACUUCUACAGACUAUACACACUACUAGUAUCUACACGGAACACAGAAAAAUAAAUAAAUAAACGCGCAAGCGCACAUUCACACUCUGACGGGACUCUCUGCUCCCGCUCCAAACCGCCUCAUCUUCUGAUUGGCUCGUUUGAAGACCAAAGAGAGACCUGAUUGGUCGCUUUUGAAUUACGCGUUCGCGGCCAGUUUGAAUCAAGGAACUCGGAGCUCAGAUACACAUACAACACCCGCACGCGCUUUCAUCUUAAAAACUGCAUCUGGACAUCUGAGGAAAAGAGGGAAAUUUGGACAUUCGUUCAGAUUGUUUAGAAUUCAAAAAGUUGUGAGGAAAAAAAAAAUGGAUGACUACUUAAAGAUAGAGAAAAUUGGUGAAGGUACAUAUGGUGUGGUGUAUAAAGGCAGGAAUAAAACCACUGGGCAGGUGGUGGCCAUGAAGAAGAUCCGUCUGGAAAGUGAGGAAGAAGGGGUGCCCAGCACUGCAGUCAGAGAGAUCUCACUCCUCAAGGAGCUCCAGCACCCCAAUGUUGUACGCCUGUUAGAUGUACUGAUGCAGGAAUCAAAGUUGUACCUGGUGUUCGAGUUUCUGUCUAUGGAUCUAAAGAAGUACUUGGACUCUAUCGGAUCAGGCCAAUAUAUGGACCCCAUGCUGGUCAAGAGUUACCUGUAUCAGAUUCUCGAAGGGAUUCUGUUCUGCCACUGUCGCAGGGUGCUGCAUCGAGAUCUGAAGCCACAGAACCUGCUGAUCGAUAAUAAAGGUGUUAUUAAGCUGGCAGACUUCGGGCUGGCACGUGCCUUUGGAGUGCCAGUUAGAGUGUACACACAUGAGGUGGUCACUCUAUGGUACAGAGCUCCAGAGGUGUUGCUGGGGGCCUCUCGCUAUUCCACCCCUGUAGACAUCUGGAGUAUCGGUACCAUCUUUGCCGAACUUGCCACUAAGAAACCGCUCUUUCAUGGAGACUCUGAAAUAGAUCAGCUCUUCAGGAUCUUCAGGACUCUGGGGACCCCUAACAAUGAGGUUUGGCCAGAUGUUGAGUCGCUGCCUGAUUAUAAGAAUACCUUCCCAAAGUGGAAAUCUGGGAAUCUGGCUAACACAGUGAAAAACCUGGACAAGAAUGGCAUUGAUCUGCUCUCGAAAAUGCUGAUUUAUGACCCUCCGAAGAGGAUUUCGGCACGGCAAGCAAUGACACACCCCUAUUUUGAUGAUCUGGAUAAGAGCACUCUUCCCGCCAGUAACCUCAAGAUAUAAUCGCACCUCACAGAUCUUAUAUUUCCCGCUCCAUGUUUUACACAUACAUGGUCCAAUGCAGUGUAAGUUCUGGGGUCAUAACGAAUCUAACUCUAAAAUUUAGUUAUUUCUUAUUCAGAGUUGUUUCUUAAUCCAGAAUUGAAGGAGGGGUAGACUCACUCCUCCAACCUGCAGUAAUGCAAUCUGAGUCUUUUGACACGCAAUAAUUAACUAAGUUUGAUAACUGGGUGGGUUUUCUACUUUUGUUCGUCUGUUUUUUUGUUUGUCUUUUCCUAUCCUGUUUUGUAUGUUAUAUACAACACCCGUUUGUAAAUAAAGCAUAUAUUUUUUUGUGGACCUGAAGUAAAAUAUACAAAUAAUAAACAGUGUUCUCAUUAAAGAGCGCUUUGUA